UCAUUCUUUACUUCACAAGAGUCUUAGCUUAGUGCUAGUCCUUCAUAUAAUAUAAUGUCGACCUUCAUCAUGAAAACUUUGCUACUCACCAUUUUCAUUAUCAUGUCCUUUUUUUCCUUCCUUUCAACAACGUCAUCAGUUGCUGAAGCCGCUAGGCUUCCAGGGGGUACUGACGACUGGUAUGCUAACACUUUGAGAGUUGUAAGGAGGCCAGGACAUUCGCCGCCACCAUAUCCAAAGCCAGCCCCUCCGGAGCGUGAUGUCAUGGUCGCAAGUUAUCUUAACAACAAAGAAAAUGAUGAUAAUUUAGAGAGGCCUAAACAUCCACCACCUUCAUAUCCAAAGCCAGCACCACCACACCGCGAUGUAACAUCUUCAAGGGCUGAUCAAUUAUCCGUCUUAGCCUCAGCAUAUAUUAUGACUACUAUAUAAAUAAGUGACGCAGUCAUGCAGAUUCACUAUAUAUUACGGGAGUAUAUAUGGGUGUAGGACUGGGUGAGGUUUAUUCGACGUUUCAUUCGAGCCCUGGGUGAUUCCGGGGGCUGGCCUGGGGUGUUAUUAUACCAUACCUAAGCUACGUACACUUUUGCUUCCUCCAUAUAUUUGAAUUAUAUAUGUAUGUAUCAUAAGGUUGCUAUCUUUGAUGUAUUAUUGUAAUAUUUUUAUCGCAUUCCUUGUUUAGGGCUUAUUACUUCCUAUCCCAAGCCCUAUUUCAUUACCUAUCUAUAAAUAUUAGUAAUAAUAAAAUAAAAUCACUGCACUUGCUUUCUAGCUAAGUGCAAGCUAUUUAAUUGGCUAAUAUUGUAUGUACCAAUGUAUGUAUAAUAGGCUAUAUAUUCUCAAUGAAUAUGAAUAACAAAUUGGUUAUAGUUUUAAAAUUCA